UCCAAAUCAAAUGAACCAGUUUCCACUUUUUUCUUUCUUACUAUUAGGCAUUCAUUCGUUUGUUUUGCCCAAUUUCGCACCAUAUUUCUCUCUCCUCUUAACUGUUCAUUAUUCAAUAUUAUUAUUACCCAAAUUCAACUUUGAUGAUAGUUGAGAGUCCUAAUUUGCGUGACCUAAUUCGCUGCCACCCAGAAACAAGCGCGGUUGGAAUUGAUGUCUGGUUGUUCCGAGGAGGAGGGGGUUUCGUUCUCGGACGCCGAUCGUCGCGGAUACGAAGGAGGCAGUGACGACGAUUCCGAAAUGGGGAAGAGUCAACUUCGCAGAAGACGAAGGGUUAGUGAUUUUGGGAAGGUGGUUGUGCAUCAAUUCGCGAAAGCGAAGAAGCAAAUACGCAGAGUCAGAAGCAGAAAGAGUCUUCUUGCGAAAUCGCGUCAGGGGAACGAAGAAGGUAAGGUGAUUGUCGUCGACGGUGAUAGUGGAGGAAGAAGGAGAGGGAAUGGGUGUGGGUUUUGUUUUUCGCGGCCCAAAGUGUUGGAAUCACCUAAUGAGUCUCCCACGAGUGAUCCCAAUGACCCUAAUUUCACUCAGGCCAUGUUGAGAACUUUGAUGGAUAAGAAUGAUUUCUAUUCCAAAGAAUGCAACCCUCAUUUGGAUUAGUUACUAUUUUAGAUUCCUUGCGUUCGAUUGGGUUUUAGGAUAAUCUGCUCAAUAUGAAGUGGUGUAAGUAAAAUGAUGAAAUUGUGACAUUAUGAUGGCUCGUAAGGGAGGUAAUUGGAUUAUCAAUAAAAGUGGUAGAGAUGUUACUUGAGAGGCUGGAACUGUGUAAUGUCAGACCCUCAUUUGCAUUCUUGUUCAUUUAGAGAAAUGUGGUGUAAGAACUUAUAGACAGGAAACUUGCUGCAAUUCAAUGCUUAUGGAUUCAAGAGUUGGAACGGGUUAAUAUGGAUUGGAGAAUGGAUGAUUGCUUGAUCAAGUGCUGAUGUUGGAGAGGUUGGUGAAAUUUGGAUUCUUUGAUAUUCUGGGGGUUUCUACUUGUCCCAAUUUGGAGAAGUGGUGUACAUAUCAAUACUGAAAUUUUUUGAAGGCUGUUAUGUGCAUAAUCUCUUUCUAGCCGUCAGCACUUUUUGAUUGGUUUUCUCGUGCGUGCAAAUUUUUGGUUCAGCUUGUUAGAGGUCUUGAGU